UUUUACUACUGCCUCCAUUUUCAAUCUCGAGUCUUUGUCCUCAUCCGCACCAAUCGUUCUCCUUACUGGCCCCUCACGGCUGGACUAUCUUGGAUGGAAUAGGCAUGUCGCAACAUGAUACUCUGGUUCAUUGUAACAUGCCUGUUGAAUUAUCGUCGCAGCAAUGGGAACCUUGUGGCAUGGGUUUGUUAUCAUGGCGGACAUGACAAUUAACAUAUUAGGCGGCGAAAGAAAAAAAAGAGAGAGAAAAAAAAAACAAAAGUCGCGUCUCUGAUUGAACAGGUUGUAAUCACACCGAAUAUGUCUCCAGCCCGCGCCGGCUCUUCGGGGCUUUGGUCCUCGGAGCCGGCCUCGCCACCGGCGCAAUUUCCUCCGUAGUCCCUGCAGCCGACAUGGCUCAGCUACAUGACCACAACCACAAUCACAAUCACAUACACACCCGUGGCGUGCCUGGAGACCAGGGUCCCGGGGCCACUGCGCCGGUUCGACCAUUCCGACUUGACCAAGUUCGCCUGGGGGAGGGCCUCUUGCAGGAGAAGCGGGACAGGAUCAAAACCUUCCUGCGGGAGUAUGAUGAGCGUCGCUUCUUGAUCCUGUUCAACAACCAGGCAGGGCGGCCGAACCCGGCUGGGCUCCCGGUGCCAGGUGGUUGGGAAGAUGGGGGGUUGCUUAGUGGACACUGGGCAGGCCACUUCAUGACGGCGCUGUCUCAGGCUUUUGCGGACCAGGGCGAGGAGCUCUACAAAACCAAGCUCGACUGGAUGGUGAAGGAGCUGGCUGCUUGUCAAGAUGCUAUAACCGCUCGGAUGGGUGAAGGGAGUGGAGGAGGUGGCCAGCCAGAGCCUGACCCCGGGAGUGUUGGUCGCGUUCAGGGUAAAUUCGGCAAGGCGCUUCGUCUCGGCGACACUAGACAGGCGGGAUACGUGACCCUGCCGCAGGAAACGAUAAACCAGCUUAGGGACUUUACCAUUGCAACAUGGGUGAACCUCCCGGUGGCUCAAGGCUGGAGUCGUUUGUUUGACUUUGGCCAUGACUCCACGGUCAACAUGUUCCUCACGCCCCACGCUGGUGAUUCAAGUAGCGGGCCGCGCUUUGCCAUUACGACGGGUGGCUCCGGGCAAGAGCAGCGCAUCAACGGAAAUGCAACGAUCCCCACGGGCGAGUGGGUGCAUAUCGCAGUCGCGCAGGCCGGCAACACAGGCACGCUCUAUGUCAACGGCGAGGUGUCCGGCACCAACGCGGCCAUGACGCUUGGCCCGGUUGAUCUGGACAACCCUGGAAAUCGCUGGAUCGGCCGUUCCCAAUACGGCGACCCGCUGCUCAACGCCACCCUCGACGAGUUCCACAUCUUUAGCCGCGCCCUCAAUGCCACCGAAAUACAAUCUCUGCUCACGUCUGCCGCAGGCUCGACAGGCGGGGGCAACAUUGCAUGGUACAAGUUUGACGAGGAAGAGGGCGGCUCUGCAGUCACGGACUCGUCGCCAAACGCUCGAGAUGCAGGUGUCGUAGGAUCGGAUGAGGACGAGUCUGGUGGCAGCAACUGGAUCCCAACGCACCCUGGCUAUCUCGGAGCGCUUCCAGAAGACACCGUUCUGCGUCUUGGCCCCCCGCGAUGGGCUGUAUAUGGAGGCAACCAGCAGACGAAUACGUGGGCUCCCUGGUAUACUCAACACAAGAUCAUGCGUGGACUGCUGGAUGCCUAUUACAACACCAACAACUCCCAGGCCCUGCAAGUCGUAACACGCAUGGCGGACUGGGCGCAUCUUGCACUUAGCAUCGGCGACAAGAACCAUGCCGACUACAAGGGUAACCUCACCCGAGACGACCUGAACUACAUGUGGGAUCUGUACAUUGCCGGGGAAUUCGGCGGUGCGAACGAGGUAUUUCCCGAGAUUUACCGGUUGACGGGCGACCCCAAGCACCUAGAGACGGCCAAGGCCUUUGACAACCGCGAGUCGCUCUUUGACGCCGCCGUCAAUGAUGACGACAUCUUGGUCGUGAGGCCACAGGACAGGCCGGGUCGGAGGCGGCCCGAGAGGCUACACGCCAACACCCAUGUGCCACAGUUCAUCGGCUACAUGCGCAUAUUCGAGCAGGGCGGAGGCCAAGAGUACUUUGACGCAGCCAAGAACUUUUACGGCUGGGUGGUCCCGCAUCGCGAAUUCGCCAGCGGCGGCACCGGCGGCAACUACCCCGGAUCCAACGACAACCCCGAGCUGUUCCAAAACAGAGGCAACAUUGCAAACGCCAUGGGCGGCAACGGGGCCGAGACUUGUACCGCCUACAACAUGCUCAAGCUGGCAAGGAACCUGUUUCUCCACAACCACAACGCCACCUACAUGGACACGUACGAGAGGGGGCUGUUCAACAUGAUACCCGGGUCCAGAGCCGACACGGCGGGCAGCGCCGGCGAUCCCCAGUUGACCUACUUCCAGCCCCUGACUCCCGGCUCGAACCGGGAUUAUGGAAACACGGGUACCUGCUGCGGAGGAACGGGCUUGGAAAGCCACACCAAGUAUCAGGAGACGGUGUAUCUCAGGUCGGCCGAUGGAUCGGCCCUGUGGGUCAACUUGUAUGUUCCCAGCACGCUCACCUGGGAGGAGAAGGGGAUCACGGUGAGGCAGGAGACUGCCUUCCCCCGGGACGACACGGUAAAAUUCACUGUGACCACCAGCAGCCGCCAGGAGCCUCUGGACAUGAAGCUGCGCGUCCCGGCUUGGAUCCAGAAAACACCCGGCGGCUUCAACGUCAGCAUCAACGGAGAGCAGUUCCGGCCCGGCGAAACCCCGACUCCAGGCAGCUACAUGACGGUGAGUCGCACCUGGGCCACUGGCGACGUCGUCGAGAUCAAGAUGCCGUUCGCCGUGCGCAUCGAACGCGCCCCCGACCGGCCAGACACGCAGGCCAUCAUGUGGGGCCCGCUGCUGCUGCAGCUCCUGGGCACGCCGCCAGGCGCGAGGGGCAGCUUCUGGGAGCUGUCGCUGUACAAGCACCUCGGGCGCGACGGGGACUACGUCAGGGGCGGCGCCGUGGCCCGGACGGGCACCGCGGCCAACGGCGACCCGCUCUUCACCGUCGCGGCAGGCACAGACAGCCUCCCGGCGCGGCCGUACUACGUCGGCGACGCGGCGGCGGCGUCGAGCUACUUUCGGCGCGUGGAGCCGGCGGUCGUCUUUGGCCGCCUCGACACGGGCGUGCCCAACCGGAAGCGCAACGACGGCCUGCCCGCGUACGACGUGCCGGUCGCGGGCGUCGAGGCGCCCGGCAGCGACGGGCUGACGUUUUUGGACGUCUUGUGGGACGGGGCGCCCUUUGCCGACCACGACGGCUUCGUGCGCGCCGUCGAGGACGUCGUCGUCGAGUUUGUCGGCAGGGGCAUCUACACCGAGGAAGAAGGGGAUGUCAUCUUGGGGAGCGCGAGGGAGUCGGAGCAGGAGCUGGCGUCCUAGUCUGACAAGUUUUAUUCUCGGUAGAGUGGCUCCUCCCACGUGCAGCAUAACAUCCACAGCAUAAUAUGUUUGUUAUUUACAGGCUUGUUUAUACUUUGGGUAUGCUGAGCAUAAAGCAAGUUGGUUGAACUUAAUUGGUAAACUUUUAUCGUACAGACUCGGAUUUUGCCAAUUUAGAAUGCAAAAUGCAUCAUGCCUUUCCAACAAUCGACAAACCAACUACUACCACCUUGGCUAUGAUAUUCCAUAAUUUUGCUGCAUUACAUUCGACAUCAAGCGAUCUGUUCCCUCAUACCAACUAGACUCUGUUAUUUUUAGAAAGAAAUUAAAAUGCGUAGCUUUGUACAUGUAUACACUAUCGCGCGAAUCA